AUGCAUGAACGAGAUUUUAGGUCCUACUGCGAUGCAUUGGUUCGUGCUUCACAAAACGGUGAACAACGAUGGGCAUGGGUACACAAGGGCGACCGUUCAUAUAUUCGCUUGGAAAAGAAGUACACUCCGCGAAAGCCUAAACGAUAUGUUGAUGGUGACGCGAUGAAGGGUUUCCUCGAAGCGCAAAUUGUAGCAGAUCCAGCCUGUGCCUCUGCUAGUGAUAGCGGAAGAAUAUUGUCUUUCGAAUACCAUGUGCUAUACAACGAAAGUUAUGAGGUACCGUCACUGCUUUUCAACAUAUAUGAAGAAGGCGGUGAAAGGCUUAAUCUUGAGGAAGCAUGGAAUACGUUGAAUAUUUGUGAGAUCGUUCCUUCCAAGGAAAUGUAUCAUUCGAUCACGAUGUUACACCAUCCAAUAUUAUUUCAGCCUUAUUUAAACUUACAUCCCUGUAAAACAUCUGAACUGAUGGCUUCCUUGUCAAGCAGCUUGAAUCCAAUAAUCUCCUUUCUAACAACCUACGGGCCUUUUGUUAAUCUUGAGCUUCAUGAAGUUUGUUUUCAAUUAUUACGAUCAAAGUAA